GCUGUUUUUAAAGCUAUUUUGGACCAGACCAUCAGCAGCUUUUUUCCAUAUUGAUUAGUUAUGUCGCUUUUGUUGUUUACUCGCCACAUUUUUUUUGCCCAGGCCAGUUAAUUGUGUUAAUUCCCGGUGCGCGGGAAAAAAGAAAAGUGGCGAAUUAAAUCAUCGAAGGACUUCCGCUAGAGAGUAACCACAAACCGGAUCCCAAAGUCGAGUCGCGAGCGAGCGCACAAAUCCCCCGAUGUCCGCGGGUGUGGGUGGCGGAGGGAGCAUUACCACCGAGCACCACAGUCGCCUAUACUUCCUCAACUCGCCGACGGCGCCGCUCACCGCCCGCGAUCCGUUCUUCAUUAAGCCGGAGUAUCUUAGCUAUGAGAGUCCCAUGCACCAUGCCCUCUAUCCGGGCAAUCGGGGGCUCCUAGAGUACAAUAACUACACGACUUCGGCGGCCGCAGCGGCAGCCGUUGCCUCAUCCGUAGCCACCUCCGUAUCCGGUUCUGGAUCAGGGUCAGGAUCUGGAGCCGCAGCCAGUGCGUCAGCAAGCGCAGCAAAUAGUGGUAGUGCGGCUGGAACAGCGGUUCUGAGCCUGGAGAACAAUUUCACCCAGCAAGGCAAUCCCCACCAGCAACAGCAGCAGCAGCAACAGCAGGGGAAUUCCCACCAGGAGGUCCUCCAGCAACAGCAUCCCCUGCAUCAUCACUUGUCCGCAGGCGUUGUGGUCGAGGCCAGCCAACUUGGUGGCGUUCCGGGCCUUGCCAAUCUCGGUGUACCACAUCUUAGCGCUCAGCAAUCAGUCACACAGCAAGGUCAAUCUUCGAGAGCGCAAAAGGCAGCUCGUCGGCGGAGCAACGAAUCGAUUGAGGCCAGGGAAAGGCGGCUGGAGAGGAACGCUGCCCGGAUGCGUGAUAAACGGGCUAAGGAAUCGGAGGCCGAGUAUCGGGUGCGUUUGGCUAAGAACGCGGAGGCGAAUCGAGUGCGUCGCCAGAACGAAACGGAAGUACAAAGAACCCUAAGACUGAUGAAGAAUGCAGCGAGGCAGCGCCUGCGACGCGCCUCGGAGACCGUCGAGGAGCGCAAAAAGCGGCUGGCCAAAGCCGCCGAAAGAAUGCGGGUGGCAAGGGCCAGUGCGCCCAAGGUCAUCAAGCCACCGCUGGCCGACAGGCUCAAGGGUUACUAAAAGAAUUGGUAAGAAUCGUAUAACCCGGAAUAAUGGCGAAAACCUUUUGGAGCUGGCUCUCCGGCAAAGCAGAAAGGCAGGCGGAGCAGCCGAAAAAUGCUGGCUAGGAUCAACUUUCGGCUGAAAAAUUGGCCAAGAUCGGCCGAGGAACAUACACACAUCCAUAAAUAAUAUAUAUUGUAUACAGCGUAUAACAAAAAUGAUUAGGAAACCAGGAGGAUAACGAUAAUUAACAGAUGAAUGGGGCAGCAGGCACUCUAGGAUUAAAACCAGGCAAUUUUUUUUUUAAGUUAACAACAAGAUGAAGUAACGUAAAGUAAUCAUAAAGUAAAGUAUUUUUAUAAUGCAUGCAUUAUAUUCGUACGGUAUGUAUACACACAGGACACAAAAACCACACACAUGUACUAGCAUAGUCAUAGCACACACAUAGAGCCCCCCAAAAAAGGCAGUAAUACCCACACCCCAGGAAAAAGGGAAGCUUACAGCGCCAGGGUGCCUCACUGUAAAUAAAAAUCGCAAACGACUGAGGUACAUCUCACAACAUUAAUCCAAAAUAAAAAAGAAAUUCGCGAUUGGACGAGGCAACAAGUGCCUUUCCAGCAAAUCCUCGGGCAAACCUUGCUAUAAUAUCCAAAAAUAAUAUUUUUUCAAAACAACUGAGGCACCCUGGCGACAAUCAACCCCCAUAUGUGUGUGUAGUUGGUAAAAGCAUGUAACCCAAAACGGACAACGCCACUCACAUAAGGAUACACACACUUGGCAGCCCCCAUAUAUACAUAUAUAUAUAUUUGGAGCAUACACACAUGAUCCGUUGCCAGGCACAUAACGCAAUAUUUGUUAUAGCACGCAAUCCUUCUCCCUUUCACCACCCACUUCCCUUAGUCCCUAGUUCCUAGUACCUAUCCUUAGCCCUAUCCUUAUCCCUCUCCCACGCCCAUGUCCUUAGACGGAUUCGAAACAGUUCCGCUCGGACCACAUUAUAUAUAUAUAAAUAUAUAUUAUGCUAAUUAUUAUUAAUAAAGAUUAACCAUUAAGUUCUAGUCGAAA